GUUUAUGAUACACCUAGGGAUUAGGCUGCAAGGCUAUACAGCAUGUCAUAGUAGUGGAUUCUGGAGUAGCUGCAGCAGCGUCGUAUCAUAAUCUCCCGUGAUUCGUUAGUCUCGAUGCCGCUUCACUCGGCCUAGUGGCGUUCCUCAGCUGCGUCUUUAUAGCUGAUUACUUGCUAUAAGUUGCGAUCAUCGCGUAGAGUUAUGCGAUAACCACGGACAGCAAUUGACGUGCUGGCUCACUGGUGCCACCGUAGGCUAUCCAAUCCCAGACGUGGGUGCUCUCUCGUUGCUUCCGCUACAAUGUCGUUCCCGCUAGACGCCUCAAUGUCUCGGUUUAAGCACAUUCGGGAUCCAACGCGUGUGCUGGUGUCUGUCGCGCUAACCCUGCUCUGCUAUGCGGCAAUCAGUAGCGCUGCUGAGGAUGUGGACUGGUGCUAUCCCACGGAUUACCUCCGCGUGUCAACUCCAUGCGCGGGGAGCACGAGGGAGGUGUCGUACGAGAAGAUGCGCGAGUGCGCCGACCCCUUCCCCGUGCAGGGCGUGCACGACGAGCCCUGCUCAUGCAGCCCAGAGGAUUACGCGUCUGUGUACGCGUUACAACAAGGCAGCAAUAAAUGCAUAGAGGCAUUCACUACCGAGAAUUGCACUGGCGGGGUGGGCACGGGCCAAACAGUGGUCAAUGACAUCUACUGCGAGCUGAAGAGCGUGGCGUGCAAGGAGGAGCACAUCCGCGCGGCCUACUCGCCCUGCUACCGCGCCAAUGUCUCGCCCUCCUCCUCCCUCGCCGCGGCCGCGGGAAGCGCUGGCACUGGUGCUGCUGCAGGCAAUGACACGCUCGUCCCCGCUAUAGAGGUGGUGUUCUACUUUGACAGCACGUGCAAUCCGCGCACCAAGGGGUCCGUGCACCUGCCGCCCAACACCUUCAUCCCCUGCGACCUCAACUGCGGGCCAGGGUCAUUCCUUGACCGGGACACAUGCCGCAAGUGUAAACCAGGCACUUACAGCAUGGGCGGUGGCUUGCGCAUGGAUCGAUUCGAGGAGCUUGAUGCUACCCUGUUCACUACGACAUGUGAAUACAUGAAUGUCACGGGGAAGCAUCCCUGCAAAAGCUGGCACGUGGACGGGGGGGCGUUGCGGGCAGGUCCAUACGACGAGCCGAACGACCUGUACCAGGACGAGUGUGCGGCGGAGGAUGCAGACACGGACUGCCACAACAACCUCAAGGCGUCCCUCUCCAUGCCCGUCAAACUCGUCCGCGACGGGUACGUGAAGUUUAACUACACGGCGAGUGGGGAGCCGGGCUAUGACGGGCUGUCCUUCUUCGUCGACGUGGCUGAGCGCCCCACCAUGCCCAUCUCCUCCGACCAGUUUCGCCCGAUGCAAGUGCAGUUUAAUCUGAGCCGUGGCUUCCACACGCUCACAUGGACAUACAGCAAGGAUGAGAAGUGGACGCAGGGACAAGACACUGCCACCAUUACAUUCAUAGAGGUGGAUGGCACUGACUUCAACGACCACACGUGCCUGCCCUGCCCUCCCGGCUUCUUCAGUGGGGAGGGUGCGUCUCAGUGCUCACCAUGCCCUCUUGACGCCGUCUCAAGUGGAGGGGCAACCCAGUGCACUCCCUGUCCCAACGGCACCUAUGCUCUUGAACCUCCCCGCACCAACUGCACCCAGCGUCCGCCCUGCCAAGUGGAACGAGACGCCAUCACGUCCUUCACUGCGUGCGAUGCUACCACCAAGACAAGGAAAAAGGUGUGGAGUUGGAUAGAGCCCCGGAUCUGCAGUCCUACUGCAGACAGCCCUCUACCUCCUGAUGAAUCCCAGCCAUGCCCCCCGUGUCCAGCGGGCCAGGUAUCAGCCGUGCUGCGAGUGAACAACACCAUCAUCUGCAAGUUCUGCCCUCCGGGCACGGCCAAGGCCAUAGACCCAGCAACGCAGGCGGAGAUCUGCGAACCAUGCGAGCCGGGCUUCGUGGCCGUCAAAGAAUUCUCCCUCGCGCACCUCGCACUCUCCUCCCCCUCCUCCUCCGCCCCCCUCCCCGCCAAUUUCACCACGGGCUGCACCGGCGACUGCGGCUCCCCCGGGUGGCGCCUGGUGGGCGGGGUGCUGGACUCGGGUGUGGGGCAUGGGGCAACGGUGCGCGUGUGGGUGGCGCUGAACGUGACCCUUGAGGUGGAUGGCGAGGUGGCGGCGAACUACUCGGUGGACAUCCCUGCGGGCCCGGGCGAGCAGCGCGCCCUCAAGUUCUUCAUUGAUGGCGCCGAGGUCGAGGAAGUGAAGAUCCCCCUGAGUCCCUUGGAAGUGCAGAUAGGGGUGUGGGAGUUGGAGGCGGGGCAGCACCAGGUGAUGUGGAUGUGGGAGAAGCUCAAGGCCGUCACACAUGCCGACAGGGACUCCGCUGUCAUCCACAACCUCACAGUGCGUGGAGUGGCGCAGGGGGGCGCGUCCAGCUGUCUGGAGGUGCCUGAGGGUGCACACCUGUCGCCGUCGGGGCUGUGGUGGGAGCCGUGCCCACCCGGCACGUAUGGCAAGGGCGGCACCUUCAACUGCACCAAGUGCCCCGCUAACACCUUCAAUGAAGCUUCCUUUGGCAUGGAGGAGUCGUGUGAGCCGUGUGGCGAGGGCACGUCAGCCGCAGAGGGCAGCAGCGAGUGCACGGUGGGAGACGUCUACAUCCCCACCUCCUUCUGCCACUACACACCGCCUCCCACCGCUUUCAACUCCUCUCGCCUCACCGUCUUCGACCUCUCCCCCCUCGCGCGCCUGCACCCGAACCAAAUGUUUGGGCCGAUAUACGAUGAUCCCACGGCUGCAGAUCGGGAGCAGCGGUCGCUGUACUAUGUCAGUGUGUGCACGAGAGACCGGACCAACACCACAUGCUAUGCUCCCAGGGGAGGCUCGCUCAACACGUAUGCCUGCCGGAUCAACCCGCGGUCGCCUCUGGAGGGCCCGCGGCGCAGGGCGGUGAGUGUGGGCGACAGCAUCUCGCUGCACCCGCUGGGGUCGGACCCCGCGCUGGAGCGCCGCGGCUUCGUGAUGCGCCUGGAGGGGUCGCUGUGCGCCACGGGCGAUGAGCUUCGCACCACCAACAUCUCAUUCAUCUGCGACCCCGAUGCCGGCUACGGCGCCCCUGAGGCGUGGACAGACAAGGGCAAAGCAGCGGCAGUGGACCCGACUCUCUCCUUCCCCAGCUGGGUGGUACACAGCGGCACGGUGCUGCCAAUCGGCGAUGAGAACGCGUGCACGAUGGAGAUGGUGUGGUACACGGCUCAUGCGUGCCCCAUGUGCACCAUGGACGACUACGAGCUCGUGGAGGUGUCGGGGUGCUUCGACAACAAAUAUGCCACGUACAAGUACAGGGAACCCAAGACGUGCCAAGCGAAUGCGCAGCUGCCGCUACCCCAGGACGUGCCGUGCCAGCCAUGCACGGAGGCGGACUACGAAGCCAUUCAGGACUCGUGCACGGACGCGCAGGGCCGCCACAACACCUCGUAUCGCUGGCACCACCCCAAGCGCUGCAACGACUCCCUCCCCGGCGCCGCACACCUCCCUGCAUCCGUCACUGCGGGCCCCUGCGAGCAGACGAUCUUUGUUAUCUCGGCCGACAUGCUCAGCUCGCAGUAUGUGUUUCUGAUGGCGCUCGGGGGCGUGCUGAUCGUGGUGCUGUCGGUGGUGUGGGUGGUGACGUGGAUCAAGCAGAGGAGGAUCUACAGCCUGUACCAGAAGAUGGUGGAGCAGGAGCAAGGGGACGAUGAGAAUGAGGGGGAUGAGGAGGAGAGGGGCGAGGCGGAGAUGACCAACCUGCACCGACACAACAGCGGGAACUGAUGGGGGGAGGGGGGGAGGUUGUUAGGGUAGGGAGGGAGGGGGAGGUGCGCUUGCUUGUGGAAUGCACGCUGGGAGGGAAGGGGAGCUGGUGGGAGUUGCAUGCAGCAAUAGCGUGAUGCUGUUCCUUCAGGGAUAUGACUCGUUAGCAGGAUAGAAGAAUGUGGAGGGGGUGGUAGUGGUGGUAAUGGUGGCUGUGUCGUGCAAUAUGGCGGUGGUAUGGUAAGCACAAACGGGUUACUGGGUGCUAGUACCAGUUUGAUGGUUGGAUCAGAGCUGAAGAUUUGGCCCAUGCAAUGAGUUGUGGUCUUUGGAUCCACCUGGUCUGGUACACCGCCUAGAGCUACUCCAUUCCGCUUUUGCUCUCUGUAUGCUCAUCUUGACACAAAAGAGGACCGUGGCGUGCAACUCACUAGGAGACAGGGCAUUACCACAC